AUGGGUUCUAUCGACGUUUCUUCUCUCGAGGCUACUCUUUCCAAUGGACCCGAGCCAACCAAUGACCCCAUUGUGAUUGUCGGAAUGGCUUGCCGACUUCCCGGUGGCGUCUCCUCCCCCAAUGACUUCUGGGAGAUGCUCGUCAAUGAGCGAACUGGUCAAUGCGAAAUUCCGAAGGAACGUUUCAAUGCCGACGGAUUCUUCCACCCCGAAGGCGAUCGUGCCGGUGUGAUGAAUACCAAGGGCGGCUAUUUCUUGAAGGAGGAUGUACGUCAAUUUGAAAACUCCUUCUUUGGGAUCAACAAUCUUGAAGCCACAUACAUGGACCCUCAGCAGCGCAAGCUGCUCGAGGUUGUUUAUGAAUGCUUUGAAAGUGCUGGUGUUUCCCUCAAGCAGGUUGCCGGCGCAGACAUUGGUGUCUAUGUCGGUAAUUUCACCGUGGACUUUCAGACCAUGCAGGCCAGAGAUCCGGAGUCGCUGCACCGAUACAGUGCCACUGGUUCCGGUACUGCAAUUCUCUCCAACCGUCUGAGCUACAUCUUUGACCUUCGCGGUCCUAGUUUCACUGUCGACACAGCUUGUUCAUCAUCAAUUUAUUGUCUCCACAACGCCGUCAACGCCAUCAAGGCUGGGGAAUGCGAAGGCGCUGUGGUGGCCGGUGCCAACUUGAUCAUGGGCCCGGAGCAGCAUCUCGGAACCAUGAAGGGAGGCGUUCUCUCCCCAACCUCGACUUGCCACACCUUCGAUGCGAGUGCCGAUGGCUACGGUCGUGCUGAGGGUGUCAGCGCUUUGUAUAUCAAGCGGCUGUCUGCUGCUCUGCGAGAUGGCGACCCAAUCCGCGCGGUGAUUCGUGGCAGCGCCGUCAAUGCAAAUGGUAAAACCUCCGGUAUCACUCAGCCCAGCAUUUCAGGACAGGCAGAAGUCAUCCGCAAGGCCUACCGCAUGGCUGGACUCUUCGUAGAAGACACUGACUACGUCGAAUGUCACGGUACUGGUACUGCCGUCGGUGACCCCAUGGAAGUUGAAGCUCUGAGCCGGGUCUUCAAGCGCAAGGGAAGAUCUCCUUUGCUAAUUGGUGCUAACAAAACAAAUGUCGGACACAGUGAGGCAGCCAGUGGAAUCACUGCUGUAAUCAAGGCAAUCCUCACCUUCGAGCACCAGGCUAUCCCUGCCACAGUUGGCGUGACCAAGUUGAACCCCAAGCUCAAAUUGGCGGAUUGGAACAUGGAAAUCGUGACCAAACUUACCAACUGGCCAUCUGCCAUGCGCCGUGUCAGCAUUAACUCGUUUGGUUAUGGCGGUGCAAAUGCCCAUGCAAUUCUGGAAGAUCCGAUUCAGUAUUUGGCCUCAGUCAACAAGAUUCCCAAGGCAAUCACACAUAACCAACCUGCAGAGAAGAAAUACCUUCUAGCUCUGUCUGCCUCUACCGUUGAAGCUUUGGAGGCCCGGAUCACCGAUCUCAGCUAUAGCAUCCGCAACGGCGCCCACUAUGACUUUGUGGACCUCGCCCAUACACUCGCAAACCGUCGAUCGAAGCUGUCCCAGCGUGGUUAUAUCUUUGCCAGUCAGGCCACUGCAACAACUGAUCUCGUCGUCGAGGGAUUGGUCACUAAAACCCUUCCGGCAUUGGACAUCGCCUUCCUUUUCACCGGCCAGGGUGCUCAAUGGGCGGAGAUGGGCCGUCAACUGUUCGAGCAGAGCCCGAUUUACCGGGACACCAUCGACCACCUCGAUAAUGUGCUGCAGACGCUGCCUGAGGCACCCGCAUGGUCGAUCAAGGAUGUUUUAAUGGAGCCCGCUGCUACCAGUCGCGUCGGCGAUGCGAGAUUCUCUCAGCCUCUGUGUACUGCAGUGCAAAUCGGUCUCGUCAACCUACUUAACAGCUGGGGCGUCGCUCCUCAAAUGGUGGCCGGUCAUUCCUCUGGAGAAAUUGCUGCAGCAUACGCCGCUGGAUUGUUGAGUGAAGCCCAGGCGAUCAUGAUUGCCUAUUACCGGGGACAUGUUGUCGGCCAGCUCAAAUCUCAAGGAUCCAUGAUGGCACUUGGCGGUAGCGCAGAAGAGGCCAAAGAGUUGAUUUCAGAGCUUUCUCUCGAAAAGGAAGUGGUUGUUGCAUGUGUCAAUUCCCCUGAGAGUGUGACAAUCUCUGGUAGCGUCUCCGGUGUGGAAACCCUCUUGCAGACAGCCUCCCAGGCAGGAAAAUUCGCUCGCAAACUACAGACAGGUGGCAAGGCUUAUCACUCUUAUAUGAUGAAGGAGAUUGGUGAAGAGUAUGAACGCCUUAUUGAGCAGGCAUGGCCAACUCUUCCCGCCAAUUAUAUCGACAAAGACAUCCAGUUCUUUUCGAGUGUGGGUGUAGACGGGCCCAACUGGUACAGCCGUAAGACAACAGCAGUAUUGCCUCACAGCUAUUGGCGCCAGAAUCUCGAGAACUCCGUGCAGUUUUCGGCAGCCGUUACCAGAAUCCUGGAGAAGGGCAAAUGCCAUCUCAUUGAGAUUGGACCCCAUUCAGCCCUACAAUUGCCCGUCAAGCAGAUUCGAACAUUAUUGCAAUAUUCUAUCGACGAUGCGCCAUACAGCGCUACCCUUGUCCGUGGUAAAGACGCCGAUAUCUGCCUAAAGACCCUCGCUGGAGAACUUUACAUCCGUGGACAUGAUAUCAACAUCAUGGCCGUCAACGAUACUUCUUCUGCCAUGGCCAAGGUUAUUCCCGAUCUUCCUACUUACCACUGGAGCUACAGCCAGCUGCUGUGGAGAGAGUCACGACUGAGUAGUGAUCUUCGCAGUCGCCCCUACCCGCGUCAUGAAUUGCUAGGAUCAGAAAUGGCCGCUGGUAACGGUGUUGACCGAGUCUGGAAGAAUACUGUGCGACUGAACGAGGUGCCCUGGCUGAAUGACCAUAAGCUUGAGAGCCAGGUUGUCUUCCCAGCUGCUGGAUACAUUUCCAUGGCGAUCGAGGCCAUUUCACAGAUCAAGAACCUUGCCGAGGCUGACUCAUCAUUUGUUUUGCGCAACGUCAACAUCGCCUCCGCAUUGAUCGUACACGCCGAUGAACAUCAACAGGCUGAUUUAUACACAACCGUCUCCCCAGCUCGCAUUUCCAAGGCAUCCACCUCCAGCACUUGGUAUGACUUUGCUAUCUCAUCGUGGCAGGCUGGAGCCGCAGUCUCACAUUGCACAGGCUGCAUAAGACUCGACCGAAAGUCCUUGCCGGCUAUCACAGUCGAUACCGCCCAAUAUGAGCAAUGGUCAAUGGGCCCAUGGUACUCCAAGCUGGCCGAGGAAGGGCUUGUCUUUGGUCCCACAUUCCAAUCUCUGGUGUCGAUGAAGACAGACAAGAAGAGAAUCAACCCAGCUGCCGUCUCUGAAACGGUUAUCAAGCAACGUGUCGCCCGAACAUCGUAUCAAGGCGAUUACUACACUGUUCACCCAUUGACCAUCGAUGCCUGUUUGCAGGCCGCCAUAAUGGGUGGCACGGCCGGUAACCUCAACCGACUUCGCGCCCAUCUACCCGUCUUCCUCGACCUGUGCGAGAUUAACACUCCCAGCACAGAGAGUGUUAAUUCAUCCGGAUCUAUCCAUUCUCUGUCUCAGAGCACCGGGUUUGGAACCAAGUCGAUUGAUGCCUCAUUGCAAGAUGGCUCUGGGUCUUCUGUGAUCAACAUGCGCGGUGUUCGCCUGUCUCUGUACACCGGCAAGGCUGAACAAGACUCCGACACAGGCCGUCACCCAUGCUUGCGAGUGGUCUGGAAGCCAGACCUUAGCCGACUGACAACCGCUGAUCAACCUCAUCUGCAAGAGGUCAUCACCGAUUUUCUUGUCAACCACCCCGAUUUGGCGGACAAUGGCAAGGUUGGUGUUGUUUCCGCCUUGUUGGAUCUGGCUGCGCACAAGAAUCCUCGACUGCGCGUGUUGGAGCUCGGCAAGGGAUGCGACUGCAAGACCCAGGGAUGGCGGGAGUUUUUGGAUGAGAAGACCGAUUUCCCUCGCAUCCGAGAAUGGAAGACCGCCGAGAGCGAGAAGAUCGAGGAGAUCGAGGAGAAGUACGACGUUGUUUUGCUUCCUCAUAGCACAUACCCCAAGUCGUUGAAGAAGGUGGACCAGUUUCUGAGUCUGCUCGAUGUGAAUGGCAUCAUUGUUGCCCGAACAGAGAGUGUCCCGUCUGACAUUCUGGUUCAGUCUGGAUGCACUGUAUUCAAUCUACCCUUUGGAAUCACUCUUGUUCUUUCUUCUCAGCCACAGCGCAAAUGGAACCGCCGCGUGGUCCUGCUUCAUGAUCAACCGUCGAAGAUGGCGAAUGCUCUCCACCAGUUCUUUGUCGCGGAGGACAUCUCCUCUGCACGCCUUGAUGAAGUGACUGAGGAGAUGAUCUCGCAGUCGACUGUCAUCUCCCUACUGGAGAUGGAGACCCCCUUCAUCCCAACCAUGACACCAGAGGAGAUGAUGCGUUUCAAGAUCGUCACGGACAACGCUGCAGAGCUCAUUUGGCUGACGGGCGCCUCCACUGUGACUGGUGAUGCUCCUGAUCUCUCUCUGUCUAGCGGUCUCUCGCGUGCCCUGAUGCUCGAACAACCAGCUCUGCGCUUUGUGGUUCUGGACGUUGGAAAGCACCCCAGCGGCACCGGUCGCGAUGCCAUUUGCACGAAAGUCGAGCACAUACUCACGGUCGAGGACACGGCCGAUGACAAGGAGUUUGUCUGGCACAAUGGUCUCCUCCACGUGAGCCGAUUCCUGCCCGAUACCACACUCAAUGAUCUGUUCAGCAAGCGCAGAACUGACGAGGUCGAAACCAUGACUCUGGCCGAAGCGUCCCCUGCUCAGCUUGCCAUCAAGCGUGUUGGCAUUACUGAUUCAAUUUAUUUCCAACGUCUGGCCAAUCCCCCCACCGAGAUUCCAUCUGGUCAGGUUGAAAUAGAAGUCAAGGCUGUUAGUCUCAACGCCAAAGACAUCUACACGCUGUCUGGCAAGAUCGAAACCCGCAAGGGCACGGCUGCCAUUGAGUUCAGUGGAAUCGUCCGUGGCGUUGCUUCAGAUGUCUCCAAUCUCGUUGCUGGUGAUCGCGUUGUUGUCCUGGCACCAAAUAGCUUCAGCACCAUCGAGCGGGUCCCGGCCUGGGCUUGUCUCAAGAUGCUGCCCCACGAGAGCUUUGAAGUGAUGCCCACCCUGCCUGUUAUCUAUGGAACUGCUCUAUAUGCCCUGGAUGAUCGUGCUCACCUGCGCUCCGGCGAAACUAUUCUCGUGCAUUCCGGUGCCGGUGCCUUUGGAACCGCCACUAUUGCGAUCGCUCUUCAACGCGGAGCGACCGUGUAUACCACCGUCAGCACAGAUGAAAAGAAAGAUUAUCUUGUCAACGAACUUGGGGUUCCUCGUGAGAAUAUCUUCAACUCCCGGAAUGAUUCGUUUGUUGCCGGUAUUCUAGCCGCCACCAACGGUCGGGGUGUUGAUGUCGUCGUCAAUUCCCUGACAGGCGAUCUGCUGCAUGCCACUUGGCAAUGUUGUGCCAACUUUGGCCGCUUUGUGGAGGUUGGCAAGCGCGACAUUAUCGAUGCCGGACAGUUGGAUAUGCGCAUGUUCUUGCGUAACGUGACCUUCACUGCCUUUGAUCUGACGGAGCUCUUCUACCACGAAGAUGAACACUACCGCAACAUUUGGAUCACUAAAUUUGCCGAGGCUUUGGAGCUGUACCGAGCUGGCACUGUCAAGCCAGUUCCCAUUUCCACCUUCGAUGUUAGUGAUAUCGCUCAAGCAUACCGCUUCUUCUCUACCAAGGGCCGUAUUGGUAAGGUCGUGAUCUCGUUGGAGAACCCAUCCAGUCUCAUCCAAGUUGCCCAUGCGCGCCAUCUCACCACCUUUGACCCAAACAAGUCUUACCUCCUCAUUGGUUGUCUCGGUGGUCUAGGUCGCAGUCUCAGCCGCUGGAUGUUCGAUCGCGGCGCUCGUCAUUUCACUUUCCUCGGUCGCUCUGGCUGUGACAAGCCUGCAGCCCGUGAGCUGGUGUCUAACCUUGAGGCCUCUGGUGCUGUUGUCAAAGUUGUUCGCGGAGACAUCGUCAAUGCCUCCGAUGCCGAUGCCGCCGUCGCCGCUUGCAUCAAGCCCAUUGGCGGUGUGAUUCAAGCCGCAAUGGGUCUCAGUGAGGCCCUCUUUUCCACCAUGACCCAUAAGGCUUGGCAUACGGGUAUCCAGCCCAAAUGGCAAGGAACCUGGAACCUGCACCAUGCUUUAGAAGCUCACGGUGACAGCGAACUGGACUUCUUCCUCCUGACCUCUUCGGUCUCGGGCAGUGUUGGUACAGCCACCGAAUCCAACUACUGCUCUGCCAACGGCUUCCUUGACGCUUUCGCAAGAUACCGUCGCAGCGUCGGAAAGCCCAUCGUCUCCAUCGGUCUCGGAAUGAUCUCGGAGGUGGGUUAUCUUCAUGAAAACCCGGAAAUCGAGGCGCUCCUCCUCCGGAAGGGUAUCCAGCCUCUCAACGAAGCUGAGCUGAUCCAGGUCGUCGACCUCGCACUCGCCCACACUUCGGCUGAUGGACCAAAGUCACUGGCCCCAGGUCUCGAGUAUGACCGUCUUUCUGCCUCGCACAUCCUCACGGGACUGGAGCCGCAGGCCAUCCGCAAACUGCUCGAUCAAGGAUUUGACGUCAGCAACGGCACAAUGCAAGAUCCCAGAGCCGUUCUUCUAUCUGCAUCGCUCGAUUCACCUGCUUCUCAGGAUUCUGCUGUGUCAUCCUCCGCUACCUCUGUAUCUGCCCUCCCCUGGGCCGCGGGGAUCCCCGCCAUUGUCCUCAAGACCAUGGUCUCAACCAACAGCGAAAUUGCAUCCGCGUCCACCCUCAACGAAGCAAUUCUUCUUCUUGUCAGGAAGCGCUUCUCGAACCUGCUGCUCAUGGGAUUGGAUAAGAUCGACUCGAGCAAGCCAAUUACCUCCUACGGAAUGGACAGUAUGAUUGCCUCGGAGUUCCGGUCGUGGUUCUACACCGUUUUCAAGGUUGAUAUUCCUUUCUUGGAUGUUUUGAAUCAGACCUCGUCGCUGCAGAUCCUAUCCGAUGCUGUGGAGAGCAAACUGACUCUAUAA